GGCUUUAUGAGGGUCGAGGGCUUUAACUCGACAGAGCAAGCGUGUUGGUGGAUGGUGCAGGUUGUGUUGUUCUUUUGUGGAUAAUCUUCAUCAUUCCCAGGAAUAUGUCUGUAGCUUCCAAUGUAAGGCGCUGUCUGUUCGGCCCUCUGGACAGCAGCAGUCGACGAAAGUCCUCGGACUUGUCGUCGCGCUAUGCCGAUCGGGACGCCCAACGUUUCAAAGAAAGAUGGAAUUACGAUGUGAGAACAGACACGCCUUUGAGUGGUCCCUACGCUUGGAUUACACCACCCUCAUCGGACAUUCCAUCUGUGUACUAUAAAAACUACAAUUGGAGAUGCAGCAAGCGACGAGCACAGCAACAGGGAGACGUGGACACAGACGAUAACGACGAUGGUGGUAGUCGUGCCGCCCUGGUGUCGCAAGCUAGCCCUGUGCAGCGUGGAGAUGUGAAUGUGGUGUUGGGAGUUUCCAAUGCAUCCCAGAAACAGGUCGAGGACGAAACCACACCACCACAUCGGAGCUCCAAAUCGGAGUACAGCAAGAAGCCAGGACGAAACAUCCAGAGUCGGUUAGAAGACUAUUACAAGAUAGUAAAGAGAAGUGCUACACCCGAAACAGAACCUGUGGUCUGCAUCAAAAAGAGGCGUCUAGACAGUAGUUGAGGUCUUUCGUCUCUGGGCAGCUCCAUGCGAAACUAGCUCUCUUGAGUUGUCCUGGGAAAGAACUCGCCCCUCCCCCGAAUGCCAAAGGCUUGAUUUGAUUGGGCGAGCACCUCAAGAUUCAAGAGUGGAAUUUGAGAGACGCAGGCAUAACUGUCCAGUGCUCACAAUGUAGCGAGCUGCGAGAGGCAGCAAGUCUUGUUCCAGAACAAAAAAUAACAACAUCCGAAAGAACCGGCAUUGAAGUUCUCAACUCCUUGCUUCUGCUGGACAGUCCGUCAAAACUUGCACACCCUUUGGACAUGGAAGACUCUUUGAGGCCAUGCUUCUAGUCAGUGCGUUCACUGCCCUUCUUGGUCACGAAGUUUACAAGUUCUUUCAGUUUCAAAGAUCUCACAGGGAUAUUGUGAAGUUUGGUGUUAAGCAAGAGCAACUGCUAGAUAAUGUAACACCCUUCCCCCUGAACUCCCCCUCCCCAUGCAUCCCUAUUAAAACACAACCAUUCAAAAGGACAUGAUGUAAUUGUAAGGAAAUUUCAAGGGAAGAAAUUUAAUGAUGUAUGUUUUCUGGGUGCAGGCAGUUGGAUUUUUACCUUUUGUUUGGGGGGUGGGCUGCAGUGGUGUUAUCUAGCAUGCUGAAAGACUUCUGCAAUACAGAUGAGACUGGAAGACAAGCUGCAUCAAUGUAAUUGUGUGCAAGCAGACUGUAUCUUCUCUAACAUGCUUUCCAUGUUUUUGCUCAUGUGAGUUAACAUGAGUUUUUGUGGAAUAUUUGAAGAGAGGUGAGGUUUGGAAAGGGGAGGGGGAGGUUUGAGAUUUCAUUCAUGUACAUGUAAAUGCUGGAGUUGUCGACUGGCGUUCAUGUGCAUGUGAAUGCCGGGGUUAUUAACUGGUGCAUUAAUGACAACACUGGCUGCAUGUGUGUAUGUAUAUAUUUAUAGAUAUAAAUUACAACAUCAUUGAGUAAUUUAUUACAUAUUGAUACGGUACGAAAACUCGAUCUGAUUUUAGAUCACUUUGUUCCUUCAGUUUGCCAUUUCCUUCUGCUCACUCAGUUUUAUGCUUGUGCACCUUCAGAGGUUGUAUUGUUUCCCAGCUCUCUUUGUGUGCCUUCAAUGUGUAUGGCUUCUUUUCUGCAUAUUAUCUCCUUGUCUAGCUGGCUCAGUGUGUGGGUACAAAAUACUAAGUUUUACUUGUAAUUUGUUCAUCACUGCACAGGCCUAAGGAAGACUUCAUGACAGCACAAGGAGGGACAUUUCGCAAUAGAAAGGAAGGGGAAAUGUUUUGCCUUGGAGUCGGAUAUUCCUAUUAUUAUCUCUGUACCUUGCAUAGACCACCAAAACAGCUCCAGAAAAAAAAUUGGUUAGCAGUUUUUAAGUGUAGAGAGAUAACAAAAUAUUACACACUCUUAUGGAUUCCCUUAAGGGACUUCUUGUGGGGUUUUUUUUUAAGUAUUUGAAAAUUCUGAGUGGAAAAAGGUAUUUCAAUAUUAACUGUGUGGGAGGACAUAUAUGAUUGCUGGUUGGGCAGGCUUGGAAAGGAUGUCUUAAAAUAGUGUUUCAUUAUUUAUUGUAAGAAGCCGAGACCUGGUCAUGGGAAUCAACUUGUGCUUGAAGAGCCUAUGCUUUAUCAGAAUGUCACUUUUUUCCUUGCACUUGUUAGAAUGCUGGACAAAUUGACUUUGUGACACACCGAAAUGCUAAUUUUAGGGCCUGAAUCUUUGCUGCCAGCCAAUAACUAAAGGUAUUUUCAAAAGUUCGGAUUUAAAAAUAACUGUUCGCUAAGAUGAACUCUACAUGUUAAGGCGGUUUAAUUUCUGUAUAGAGUUAUUUUAAAAUUUAGUUCUUCCGUGACAUAAGACUGAGUUUGUGAUGUUGAAUUUCCUGUUGUUUUAAACUAUAUUUUUAGAAAAUAUGGGAAGAAGAUAUUUUAAUAUAUUUAGGCUUCUGCCAGCGUGAAGGUUUUACUAUGUGCAUUGAUAAAAAAAUCUUUGAGUUUUUAUCCGCCUGGAUAUUAAAAAAUGCUGUUAUUUGCUUUUACAGUGAUGCUAUCUUUAUGUCUAGACUUUUAAAAUUAGAGCUGUUCUACUUCAAAGGUAAGAAUAUUGUAUACAGUGAGGAACUGUAGAGGAUCAUCUGAAGGAACAUUUUGUUUUGUUAGGUGUGAAAUACAUAAGUCUUUGCUUCCCUGGUUUCUAGAGACUUCUGGAAAGUCUUAUUUUUUUAACAUAGUAAUAUAAUUUGCGAGAGCUAUCUGGCUAUCUCACCCCUGUACAUGUUAAGUACUGUGGUGGUGAUUGAUGUUGAUGUGGAUAUUUUGUUAACCCUGUUGUUGCUCCUGCUUGAACUUUUGGUCAUGCUUAUACAUUUCUCAUCUCUUUCUCUAUUAAUCUUUUGUCUUGCACACACACACGGGGCUUGACUAUAUUUUUUUUAUUACUGUAAUUAUACGGAAUAGGGCUGUGCAAUGCGAUCCGGCAGCAGGUCUUAAGAAGUCCUUUGCUCCCUCACCCCAGUGACUCCAACCCCACCCCAUUUUCAUUUUUAAUUUGUACAUGAUUAAGGGCGAAGCCAUGGGUAUGUGCUUAAUGUGAUCGUAGCUUUGUAGACUGUGUGAUUGUGUGUGGUUUGGUACUUUAUUUAGAGAUCCUAAAAAUGUCUGGAAGACCUGUAUAUACUGAUGAAUAUUUUGCAUAACAGACAGUAAUUUAAAAUAUGUGAAUGCUAGCAAAGUGGCAGUGCUUGAUGGCGGAGUGGUUUUUGUUCAUUUUGCAUUUCAUCAGAAUAACAAAAUGAAAAAUGUAAUAAACAGGUGACUGAAUUCUU